AUGAGUAAAGACGAAACCAAUGCGCUUGGUGACAAGCAUGGCAACGAUGCGCCGGGCUACACGUCGGCCUCGUUCGCCGAUCAUGCACGCGGUCGCCAGUUCAGCGUCGACCCCGAGGAUCAGGCCAUCGUGACAACCGACCAGAACAGACUUCACCGUGAUCUAAAGGGCAGACACAUGCAAAUGAUUGCCAUUGGUGGUGCAAUCGGUGCUGGUCUCUUCGUCAGUUCUGGAGGUGCUUUCCAGACUGGCGGGCCUGGUUCUGUACUUCUUGGUUUCAUCAUUAUUGGUUGCUACCUCAUGAUGCAGGCCCUCGCAGAGAUGUCCGUCAUGUAUCCGAUCAACGGUGCCUUCACCAUGUACAUCGUUCGCUUCGUUGAUCCCUCUUUGGGGUUUGCUUGUGGCUGGGAGUACGCCAUCAGUUGGCUGACGGUCCUUCCCUUCGAAAUCUCGGCGGCAUGCAAUAUCAUCCACUACUGGCCAGGCUCGGACGGUAUCAACAACAGUGCUUGGAUCGUGCCGCUGCUGGUCGCUUUGAUUUGCAUUCAGUUUUUUGGUGUGAAGGGAUAUGGCGAGGCAAGUUCACUCGACGUCGAAUUUGCCCUCAGUCUCCUGAAGGUCAUCGCCUGCAUAGGCUUCAUGAUUCUUGGAAUAAUUAUCGACUGCGGUGGCGUUCCAACGGAUCACAGAGGCUACAUUGGCGCAAGAUACUGGCAUUCCCCUUACGAGGCCUUCCUCAAUGGCUUCCACGGCUUCUGUAGCGUCUUCGUCACCGCGGCGUUCGCCUACACUGGCACCGAGCUGACCGGGCUUGCUGCUGCGGAAACGCAGGACCCCAAAAAGGAGAUUCCAAAGGCCUCGAAACAGGUCGUAUGGCGUAUCGCUAUCUUCUACAUUGUCAACCUUUUCCUCGUUGGUUUGAUCGUACCGGAGAACAGCCCCUUGUACAGUGGCAAAGGUUCCGAAUCGCGACACUCGCCCUUUGUCAUUGCAAUUCAGCUUGCUGGCAUAAAGGCCCUCCCCUCGAUUUUCAAUGCUGUCAUCUUGAUCUCUGUCAUGAGCGUUGCAAACUCGUGCACUUUUGGCUCGACUCGAACCAUUCAGGCUCUCGCUGCAAAUGGAAUGGGUCCUAAGAUCCUGGCCUACGUUGACAAGAAGGGCCGUCCUGUGUCUGUUGUCAUUCUCCAGAUUGCAUUCGGCUGCCUGGCAUUCAUCAACUUGGCGCAUGAUGGCGGAACGAUUUUCAACUGGCUCCUGUCGUUGUCGGGUCUUGCCAUCCUCUUCGUCUAUGGCAGCAUCGCUCUGGCUCAUAUUCGCUUCCGUGGGGCAUGGAAGGCCAACGGUCAUUCCCUGGACGAGCUCCCCUACAAGGCUGCUUUCGGCGUCUGGGGCUCGUAUCUGUGCCUGCUCAUCAACGUGGUCAGCCUUAUGGCUCAGUUCUACGUUGCACUGUAUCCAGUCGGCGGCCCUUAUCUGGAUGCCGACACCUUCUUCCAACUCUACCUCGCGGGCCCUCUGCUUAUCUUCCUGUACCUGUGUUGGAAGAUCUAUGACUGGUUCGACCACCCAGAAGAGCGAAAAUGGUUCAUCAGGACGAAGGAUAUCGAUAUCUACACGGGCAUGAGAGAGGCUCAGCUCAUGAUCAGCGGCGUAGAUGUUCCGGAGGAGCAGAGACGCGCUAGCAUUGUAGAGAUGCAGGAGGAAAAGAAGAAGAGAGGCCCCAAGGAUUAUAUCAUGUCGGGUCUGAGAAACAUCAUUUGA